CACUUCCACUCGCCCUCACGCGUCCAUCAAUCUUGAAUCAAUGUGCAGGUUUUUCUUCAUUGCACGGUACUGUCCAUCAGUUCCAUCCAAAAUCCCAGAAAUCUCAGACCAAGUAACCACUAAGCCUCAGAAAAAUGGAAACGCAAGAGGUUCGAGAAAUGAGAUCAGAGAAAGCAGAAGACAGGGAAAGAAACGGUGAGAAAAAACCAGAAAAAGGGAAGGAGAAGGAGAAGGAGGGCGUACCUCCAUUGAAGGCUCUGAAUCACGUGUCGAGGGUCUGCAGGGACGUGAAGGAAUCGAUAGAGUUCUACACGAAGGUGCUAGGGUUUGUGGAGAUCGAGAGGCCUCAAGUUCUGGAUUUUGAAGGAGCUUGGUUGUUUAAUUAUGGAGUUGGCAUCCACUUAGUUCAGUGCCAUGAUGAUCACAAGUUGCCUUCCGAUACUCAACACUUGGAUCCCCAGGACAAUCAUAUCUCUUUUCAGUGUGAGGACAUGGAAGGAAUGGAAGAGAGGUUGAAGAAGAUGAAUGUGAAGUACAUGAAGAAGACGAUGGAAGCAGAAGACGGGACAGUGAUGGAUCAGAUAUUCUUCAACGACCCUGAUGGAUUCAUGGUCGAGCUCUGCAACUGUGAGGAUCUCAAGCUUGUUCCUUCUUCUCCUACUUCUCUCCCCAGGAUCAAGCUUCCCUCCCAUCACCACUCUCCUCCCGUCGAAACCAGCCACGCCGCCACCCGCCGCCAUGAAAAACUGUGAUUGAUCACUCUCAGCUUUUCUCUUGUUCAUUCAUUUUCAUUUCAUAUUUUAAUCUGUUUCUUUGUUCUAUUAAUUGUGUCUGUAUGGUUCUUUUUCGUAUAUUGCUAUCUACUUCAAAAAGAUGGAGAAAUGGGGAGAAACGAGCUGAUUUUCAGGAAUAUAUGUUUUGUCUGUCUCUGAGGAUGCGCACGUACUGGAUAAAUUUUUACUGUAUUCUGUUCAAUUUAUAAACGAAAGGGGAAAAAGAAAAAGCAAAAUUCAUUUCUGUCAUUUUUGAGGU